AUGGCGCCAAUCGACCGCUGCUUGGCCUCCAUGGCUAGGCUAUCCCUCCUCCAGACUCCUCGGCCAGCAAUUCCCACGAUACCGAAGUUUCUUGCCCCGACAGCUGCUCAACAAGUUCGACAGGCUUCGGUUGUGAGAAUCAAGAAGACUGGAAAGAAGAAGAAGGCGUUGCCCAAGGACUUUAAGAGACAUAAUCUGGCUAAGAGGGAAUUUCCUCAAUACUCGUUAUGUGAAGCUAUGAGAGUCCUACGAGCUGUUGAAGUUGGACAACCGCCUGCUUCGGUCAAGUACGAAAUUCACAUCAACCUCAAGACCGCCCGAAACGGACCCGUCAUCAAGAACAGCGUCCGACUUCCUCAUCCCGUUCAGAGCGAUUGGCGAAUUGCCGUCAUCUGCCCCGAAGGCAGCGAGAUCGCCCAGCAAGCCACCGCCGCAGGUGCUGUGGCCGUCGGUCAAGAAACCCUCUUCGAAGCCAUCAAAAAGGAGCAGAUCAACUUCGACCGUCUCAUCUGCCACGAGGCCAGCGAGGCAGCUCUCAACAAAGCCGGUCUAGGAAAGAUCCUUGGUCCCAAGGGUCUCAUGCCCAGCAAGCGUAUGCGAACCAUCGUCCCGGACGUCGUCAAGUCGAUGCGAGACUCUGCUGGUGCAGCUGAUUACCGUGAGAGACAGGGUGUUAUCCGCAUGGCUAUCGGACAGCUGGGUUACUCGCCUGAUCAGCUCAAGAACAACAUCAAGGUGUUGCUGAACAAGGUCAAGGCGGAGUGUGCGGAGAUUUCAGAGGAGGUGCACAAGGAGGUUCACGAGGUUAUUCUCAGCACAACCCAUGGACCUGGUAUAAGCUUGAAUGGAAAGUUGAAGGAUGCAGAGGAGCAGAUUACCCCCGAGGCAUUGUCGAGCAUCAUGUAA